AUGCGCUGGGCCGUAGCAGCCACACUCAUCACCGCCAUCGCGGCACUCGGGCCCAAACCGCCCGCCGGCGACAACACCACGGCCACCAUCGACAGCAACCGCAGCAGCCUAGUGGAGGCGGCCUACACGCUGACCAUCUACAACUCGGACUGCUGGUGCCGGCGGUCGCGGAUGCGCUUCUGCACGUGGUACAAGCGCGACGCGGUGGUGGACGGGCGGUGCUACCCCAUCUCGCACUACGCGCGGUCGAUGCUCGCGUACGACCCGCUCAUCUCGAUGCACAACCGCCUCGUGUGCAAGGCGUGGCAGGGGCUGCGGUGCGACGGCCUGGGGCUCGAGCUGGGCUUCGUGGACAACACGCGCUGCAGGGAGCCCGUCGUCGGCGACGAGCUGAAGCUCAAGUACCGGUCGUUUUCGUGCCACCACGAGUGA